AUGGCGUACAUCCAGGCAUCCUCCACGCAAGCAGUUGUCGUUCUGCUGUUGGUUCUAGUGCUCACCAAGAUCUAUCGGGUCUACACCGGCCCUCUCGCACACCUCCCUGGUCCUGCCAUCUCCAAAUGGACGGGUCUGGUCUUGCAAAAGCACCUAUUCGCAGGGAAUAGGCCACGCUAUGUCCAGAAGCUGCAUCAGCUAUACGGGCCCAUUGUCCGGAUCAGCCCCGACGAACUGGACGUGAGUGACAGUGCCGCAGCCAAGAGUAUUCACAGGGUUGCCAGCCGAUUCUACAAGGGUCGAUUUUACGAGCAUAUCGGCCACCGCAGUCCCAAGACACUGUUCAGCUCCACGGACCCUCAAUUCCAUGCAUACCGACGUCGGUUGCUGGGUGGUGCUAUGUCCGAAACCUCCAUUCGCCAGCAUGAGCCCACCGUCGCCCAGAAAGUCAAAUUAUGCGUGGACCAAAUGGCCAGGGAAGCCGAACGGCGCGGUUGCAUCGAUGUCUUCAAGUGGUGGUGUUUUCUCGCCACAGACACAAUCGGAGAGCUGAGCUUUGGCGAGUCCUUUCGAAUGCUCGAGAAGGGAGAGAAAAGUCAGUAUUCGCGGGAUCUCGAGCUUGUUUCCACCUUGAUGAUCAUCCGGACGACCUUCCCGUUCCUAUCUCGGGUCGCUGAGUACGUACCACUACCGUACUUCAAGCAGGCGGCACAGUCGGGCAAGCGCAUGUUCGGAUACGCGUCAGAAUCCAUCCAGAGGUACAAGAAGCAUGUCGAGAUGAAGGGAGUCUGA